AUGACCUCUGCAUUUGCUCCUAGUACGGAGGAGGUUAUGCAAAGGCUUAGGCCUUUUGGGCUUUUUUUUGAAAAAUCUCUAAAGGACCUUAUAAAAGGCAUAAGAGCUCAUAGCGAGACUCCGGAACAACUGGGCCAAUUUCUUUCGCAAGCCUUGUCCGAAUGCCGUGAAGAGGUCAAUUCAGCUGAAUUCAAUCUAAAGACUAAUGCGGUCUUGAAAUUAACGUAUUUGGAAAUGUACGGUUAUGAUAUGUCAUGGGCUAAUUUUCAUAUUUUAGAGGUAAUGAGCAGCAACAAAAUUCAGCAGAAAAGAGUGGGAUACCUGGCAGCUUCGCAAUCGUUUUACAAGGAUUCCGACAUUCUCAUGCUUGCCACGAAUUUGUUGAAAAAGGACCUAAAAUACGAUGGAUUGAAUGACAAAGUGAAAAUGGGCAUCGCGUUGAGCGGGUUGUCCACGAUGGUUACGUCCUCACUUGCUAGAGAUUUAUGUGACGACUUGAUUUCUAUGCUAAGCAGCAACAGACCGUAUAUUCGGAAAAAGGCCAUUGCGGCGCUGUUCAAAGUUUUUUUGGACUUCCCGGAGGCUUUAAGAGACAAUUUUGAGAGUUUUGUCGCUAGACUUGAGGACGAAGACUCUUCGGUCGUUUCUGCUACAAUAAGCGUUAUUUGCGAGCUCUCGAAAAAGAAUCCCGUACCAUUCAUACCUCUCUCGCCUCUUUUCUAUGAAAUGCUGAUAAAUAUCGACAACAACUGGAUCAUCAUAAGGCUUCUUAAACUGUUCACGAAUUUGUCGCAAGUUGAGUCAAAAUUAAAACCGAAGCUUCUUCCUAAAAUCCUUGAGCUCAUGGAUUUGACCUCUGCGACUUCUGUAAUAUACGAAUCUAUCAACUGUAUUGUGAAAGGUGGCAUGCUCGGGGAUACAGACCUCGAUACGGCCAUGAACUGCCUUGAACAGAUUACCAAAUUCUGCAAUUCUAACGAUCCGAACUUGAGGUACGUGAGUGUCGUGCUAUUCUACAAAAUUGGCAAAAUCAACACCGAGUUUAUCUCGGAAUAUGACGACUUAGUCAUUUUACUCUUAAAGGAUGUGGAUAUUUCUAUCAGAAGCAGAGCAUUAGAACUCUUAGAAGGAGCAGCAAAUGAGGAUAAUUUGCCCAAGACUGUUAAGAUCUUGCUCAAACAGUUUAUUGAAAAGAAUACAGUGCCACUUUCAAGAUCUGAAAAAUCUUCUGGAACAAUGGAUCAGUUCAAAACGAUUGAAGUAGACAUGCCUGCAUUUUAUAAAGUCAAAAUGGCAUUCACUAUCUUAAAGAUCUGUUCCAUGAAUAGUUAUGCCAAUUUGGUUGAUUUCGAAUGGUAUAUUACUGUUUUGAGAGAUUUGUGUUUCGUCAGUAUGGAGCUCAAGGACGAAAAUCUAGGGCGUAAACUCGGGGAAGAAUGGAGAAAUAUUCUGGUCAAGGUGCCUGAAAUGCGAGGCAAAGCCAUGGGCGCCGUUCUAGAGCUGGUAUCCAGUAAUGACAUUUCCACGUAUUUACCGUCCGUCCUCAAAGAAUGCAUUUGGUGCAUUGGCGAAUAUUCCAAUUUGGUUGACAAUGGCGAUGACCUUAUAACAUUGUUAAUGAGGGUGAAAUUUACUGCUGCUGAUAUAGGACAGAUACUUAUUCACGCCCUCCUAAAGAUCUUCAGCAACUGGUGCAAUAACCGUGGAUCAGCGGAACCGAUAGAAGUCAAGAGGCUGGUGGAGCAGCUCAUCACCUUUCUUGAAACCUAUAGCCUUUCAAAGUUUGUUGAAGUGCAAGAGCGGAGUUACGAAUAUCUCGAAUUUUUAAAACUUUGUGAUGAGUCAAUUGACGUUAAUAUUCAAGAGCUUCCACUUUUGAUUACAGACGUUCUACCCAGUUUGUUUAACUCGUACGAGCUAAACCCCAUUUCCUUGGGAACCCAAAAAAGACUGCAAUCCAACGUCACAAUAGAUUUGGAGACCCCCUUUCUCUCAGAGUCAGACUUACAGAAUUUACUUAACAGAAGCGAAUACAAGCUGGAAGCAGGCGAAAAUAUCCCAGAAAAUUUGUCGGAUGACUCGGAUAGCUCCAUUUUCUCACAGCAUGACGAUUUGCACUCUCCGGAUCUUCUCAAGGAAGAGGAAUAUACGCGCGUCGACACCAAACGUCAGUCCGACGAAAUUCAAAGGAAAAUCGAUCGCCAGACGAAUCCGUUUUACCUGGACGACGGCGACGAUGCGAGAGUUAUUCGUCAAAAAUCCAACUCGUUGGUAGAUCUUGAACCCGAAGAGUCACCAGGCGUUUCUAAUGCUAUUCGGCUUUCUAAGGACGAAAGAAUUCCUGUAGAGAACCCACAAAAGAAGAACAAGAAGAAGAAGCGUCUUCAGGUUCUCGCAGAUGAAACAGUUCCCGAUACACACCCGUCGACAGAGAGCGAUGAACAUCACGAUAAUAACAGCGCAACAUCCGGUAACACGUUUUCCAACAAAAUUAAUUUGAGAAAUCGCAGCAAACUGGAAGGUUUUGAUUUUGCAUCCAACAAAUCACUUACUCCGCUAAGUCCAGAUUCUACUGGUGAGGCCCAAGCCGAUUUGGACAAGUUGAGAGCUAAAUUUGCUAAUCAGUCGUUGGAAGAUUCAGCUCAGGAUGAAGAGGUUAUAGUCAUCAAAAGGAAAAAGCCCAGGAAGAGCAAGAAGAGCAAGAAAAAGCCCAAAGACAAAGAGAACAGCGCUAACGACAAACAAGAUACUCAUCAAAAUGCUGGUGAGGUAUGA